AGGUCCAAGACGGUCUGAAGUAACUGCGAACCCUUCCGUAUGCAGUCCAGUCCCACCGCGAUGCACGCAAAAUGCUUUGCUCGAUGCAUUUCGUCGUGGAACGGAGGUAUGCUGGUGCAGACACGUAGGUAUCGUGGAAAAUACAAGUCAGCCCAGUUAGUGUGGCAGUUGCUUCGGAGUUAUUUUGCCUACCCGGCGUCGCGUCGAGUCGCGCUGGGGAGGGUGUAUGGCGUCGUAGUCCAGGCUUGCGCUUUGUUUAUGCUCCUAGGACGACAAGCUCGAGACCCUUGGCGGGGUCAGGCUCGAGACGGUGGACUCUGGGGCCCGGGUGGCCGCCGGGCUGCAGAUCCUCGGCGAAGACCUACAGGACCCCUUCCUCCAGCUCGCCGCGGGCGUCGACUUCACGGCGGCCGGCGCGGCCCGGCUGCUCACCGAUUGGGAGGCCUCCGUCGCGGCAGAGCUCCGGGAUCCACGGGACCUUGCCGCGCUGCUAGUGUCCAUGUCGCUGAACGGCACCAGCUCCGGGGGCGUGUUCACGACCGAGAUGAGGAGAUGUCCGGCUCAAAAGGUGCCGAGUUGAUCGCGUGGUCCACGACGGGGACGAGCAGCUCGGACAGUAUCACAACCCAGGGCGGCAUCGGCUCGGACACGGUCGUCACACUGGCGCUCUCGAAGCCGGACGGGCGCCUCGACACAGUGACCCAGAUGGAUUCCUCCGUCUCAAUCGUGGGCGACGGCAUGUCGAUAUCGGUCAGCAUGGGCUACGACGGCACAGACACCUGGGAUAUGAGCGGAAGCUUAUCCGAGAACGGUGAUACCGCUGCUUCAAUCGAGGCCCAUUUGCACGAACAGUGGGUCUCGGUGGCCUCUUGGGUCUAUGAGUAUGGGCCUCUAGGGGAUAUUGGCCCCCUUUACAUGUACGCCAACGCCAGCAUCCCGAGCAUCUCCGACUUUAGCGACAUGUGGGAGGUCCACUAUUUCCAGACGAGCGAUUUCAUCGAGACUGCCAAUGCCACCUGGCACAUGGAUACCAGCGUCGGGGAGUACAGCCUCGCCGCCUCGUCGUACACGAUGGAGAAGGACGACGGUGGCGAAUGGCGGUACACCUCUUCUGUCAACGUCACGGUAGACCACAUUGACACUUCUGCGGCCCCGACGCCUGCGCCGCCGAUGCUUAGCAGGAAGACCGUCGAGGGGUCCUUCAGGGCCACUGUGGCGGCCUCCGAGGCCCAGGCUUUCGUAAGCAAUGCCGACGUGGAGGCCUCGUUCGUGGCGUCGAUCGCCCAGAGGGCUGGCGUGCCAGAGUCGAUGGUGCAGGUGACGCUCUCGGUGGUGAGCAGCGGCGGCAGGCGGCUCUCGUCGGGCGAGGUCGAAAUCCUGGUGACCUACGCCAUCACCGCCGAAGUGGGCGCCUCAGACGACGCGGGCGUCAUAAGCGACACCGCUUUCGACAGCAUGGUGGACACCUUGGCGAGCACCUCCGCGGAGGAUUUCGUGGUAGACUUCGCGUCGGAGCUUGAGGCCACUGGGAGUGCUUCGUCCUUCUCCGCGGUAGUGGCGGUGCCGGGUUCGGCCACAGCCCCGAUGGUCACCGAGACCUCUGAGAAAAUGUCUGGCGCCCAGGCAGCGUUCCCGCAGGCGCUGCUGCUGGCCGCCAUCUGCAUGCUGAUGGUUUGAGCGGGGAUGGACGCCAGGUUUGGAGCCGGUUGGGGAGGGCCGAGGUGGUCCCAAUCAUUCGGCGGGGGGGAGCGCGAGCCAGCCCCCCGCUGGGGCCCCGUGAGGGCUUCCUGCGGGGCGCGUGGCGCGCGAGGGGCGCCGCGCUCGCUGGCGGGCGGCCGCGCAGCGGCAGCCCCUGCAGCAGCGGCGGCGGCGGCGACCAGAGGGGCAAGGAGCGGCAGCAGCGGCCAGGAACACGAGGCGGAGAACGAUGCGUCAGACCCGCGGCGCUGCGGAAAAAACAUUAUGGUCAAACUCCACAGGACGGCCAGGAAAACGAAAGCUGCCCGACACGCACCAAUGUGGCACAGAGCGAUGACGGACUUCAUCGCCAUCUAGAGGAUGGGCGCUUGCUGCCAUCAGUGCAGUAGCAUGGCUAGAUUUCAUCGCCAUCUAGAGGAUGGCCGCUUGCUGCCAUCAGUGCAGUAGCAUGGCUAGGUGUCAUCGCCAUCUAGAGGAUGGCCGCUUGCUGCCAUCAGUGCAGUAUCAUGGCUAAAUUUCAUCGCCAUCUAGAGGAUGGCCGCUGGCUGCCAUCAGUGCAGUCGCAUGGUUUGAUUUUAUCGCCAUCUAGAGGAUGGCCGCUUACUGCCAUCAGUGCCGUAGCAUAGUUUGCAUCGCCGUAUUGUCUUGAAGGUAGCGGAAUUCGCUAAACAGCCCCAUGCGUAAGAAGGGGACGCUCUUCUGCUUCAUAAGGGAGCGAGGGGGA